AUUUGUGAGUUGCCAGUGUAAUGAGCUUCCUAAAAGCAUAUGCAACUCUAUCGUUAAUCCUAUCCCUCGGAAAACUGGGAUCCAUGCAAUUGCUGGACAGAGGAUGCAUACCACCUGCAUAUGGAGCCAGAGUGACUGGUGGACAAAAUGCAAGACGAGCUCCGUGGAUGGCAUACAUUACCCUGAAUGGAAAGUACAAGUGCGGCGGCUCACUCAUUGCAAGCUCUUUUGUUCUCACCGCUGCUCAUUGUGCAAAACAAAACUACACAAGCUUAAUAGUGAAACUGGGAGAAUACGAUUCAUCGACGACUUUGGAUGGUCCAACAGUAAGCUUUCGUGUCAAACAGGUGUUAAAGCAUCCAUAUUACGAAACCAGAACUUAUUCCAAUGAUAUUGCUCUACUAAAGCUGCAUCGAAAAACCAAUUAUAAUGCGCAAAUCAGACCGAUUUGCAUCCUUUUAAGCCCAAAACUUAGGCCAGUGAUAGACUCCAUUAGGAAAUUCACUGUCACUGGCUGGGGCACCAAAAGUGCAUAUCAUAAAAAAGCAUCGAAUAUACUUAAACAGAUGCAUGUCCAUCGGUUUGAUAAAAAUCCCGAUUGCCGCAACAGAAGGGAAAAAUUUUGUGGCAGCAACACCAGCCAGUUUAUCUGCUACGGAGAUUCAGGUUGUCCAUUGUGGGCAUAUAUAAGAUAUUAUGGCAUCCCUAUCUAUGCCCAGUUCGGAUUAGCCAGUCAAGUGUCAAGUCGGUUAUGCAACGGAUUUGGCUUCUAUACAGACGUCUAUAACCAUACAGAGUGGAUCUAUCAUACAGUGCGACGUCAUUGGUAAUAAAAUUCGAAGGAAAACUUAAAGCGAGCGAUUAUUCAUAGUCUUAUUAAUAACGAUAUUGGUGUUCUCCACUGUUGCGUACUUAUGUUUUAGUGAUUUUGUAAGCUUGAUAAAUAAAAACGUGUAUGAAACCAACGCGAUAUGUGAUUAAGCUUAUUCAGAGUUGAACAGUUGCUAGUAUAUAAACAAAGCAACUAAAUUGAAAGUACCAAUUGUUUGAUUCUUUAGCUGCAAGAGAGAUGAAGUCUGUAAAAG